AUGGUUGGUGCGCCGACAUCCGUGGGUCAGUGCAAGUCUGGAGUAGAACUGGGACCAAAUGCUCUCCGAGCCGCCGGUCUUAUUAAACAACUCCAACAUUUGGGUCAUAAUGUGGUCGAUUUUGGAGACAUUCCUCAUCAGAGUAUAAAUACAAAUCAGAAUUCAGUGAAUAAUAAACUUAAAAAUGUGUCGGAAGUGCAAGAGAUGUGUUCACAACUUUACAGUUUAGUUGAGAAAGUGGUUCUGGAUAAGAGAAUCCCAAUAACAUUGGGAGGGGAUCACAGUAUAGCCAUGGCUUCUAUUAGUGGUAAUGCGGGUGUUGUGCCAAAUGACGAGUUAUGUGUGGUUUGGGUGGACGCACACGCGGACAUCAAUACAGUGGCGACCACCAGGACGGGUCACUUUCACGGAAUGCCCGCCUCUUUUCUCAUCAAUCAGAUCCAACACCACUUCAAUAACCCUAACAAUAAUUGUAUUCAAGAUUGCGAGACGUCGAGUCGAGUGAAGUGA